CCGUGACUGCCCAGUGCCAAAGAUAUAAGAUAAAAUGAUACUCAAGUUGCUAAUUUUAUGCCUUCUGGCGCUUGGAGAUGGAGCUAGAAUUUUGGCACCUUUCUUUCUGCCAGUUCGAAGUCACUUUAUGAUGACAAAUGCCAUUAUAAGGGAAUUGGUGAAACGUGGUCACGAGGUCACCUUCAUCACCCCCUUAUCGUUGGCCAAAGAAAACCUGGGCCCAAACUACAAGGAAAUUCUUUUGCCCCAUUACGACACAUGGGCAGAUAUAUCUCAGAUUAUGAAGACCAAAUCGGCGCUGGAUAUGGUGGACAUGCCCAAGCUGACACACAUGCGGUUGGCCCAGCACAUUGGUGUUAAGUCCACGGACUUCGCUCUGGCCCAUUCGGAAGUUCAGGAGUUAAUCCAUGCCAAGAAUAAGACAGGAAAAUUCGAUCUGCUGUUGGUGGAGCAGUUCUACAAUGAAGGAGCCCUAAUGCUGGGCCAUCUCUAUCAAAUUCCAGUCAUUACCUUAUCAACUUUUGCCUAUGCCAACUAUUUCAGCCAAAUCUUUGGCUUCAUUAAUCCGCUAUCGUACGUCCCGAAUGUUUUCCUGUCUUGCACGGAUAGAAUGACAUUAUGGGAACGAUUGGAAAACGUUGUGGUCACCGCUUCCGAGGAUAUUGUUAGGGAAGUAUCUUACUACCCAGCUCAGGAUGCCGUUAUCAGAAAGCAUUUUGCGAAUGUGAUACCUGAAGUGCCGACUGUUAAGGAAUUGGAACGAAACAUUUCGCUUAUUCUUUUGAAUAGCUACAUGCCACUCACCACCCCAAGGCCCAUGUCCUUGAACAUGAUUUCGGUGGGAGGACUGCACAUUCUGCCACCCAAACCCCUGCCAGAACACAUCAAAAACUUCCUAGAUGAAGCGGAGCACGGGGCAAUCUACUUCAGUUUGGGUUCCCAGGUCCGCAGUGCGGAUAUGCCACCCGAAAAGCUGAAGAUUUUCCUUGAAGUCUUCGCCAGCUUAAAACAACGAGUCCUUUGGAAAUUCGAAAACGACCAGCUGCCGAAUCUUCCAGACAAUGUCAAAGUGGAGAAGUGGUUACCCCAGUCCGAUAUAUUAGCCCAUCCGAAGAUAAAAGUAUUCUUCGCCCAUGGUGGACUCUUUGGAAUGCAGGAGGCAGUUUAUCACGCGGUUCCUGUGCUCGGCAUGCCCUUUUAUUUCGAUCAGAAUGUCAAUAUAAAAGAGGGCGAAGCUGCAGGAUAUGCUAUUGGGUUGGACUAUCGGACUAUUUCUAAGGAUCUACUGAAGUCAGCACUCAUUGAGCUGCUUACGAAUUCCAAGUAUAAGGCCAACAUGGACAAAGCUUCGCGCAUUUUCCGGGAUCGUCCACUUGGUGCUAUGGACACGGCUAUUUACUGGAUUGAUUACGUCGUAGAGCAUCGAGGAGCACCUCAUAUGGUGGCAGCAGGAGUCCAUCUACCCUGGUACAAGUUUUAUCUGCUGGAUGUCGUUGCCAUUCUACUGGCUAUGGCCCUAUGCCCUCUUUUGACUUUUUAUGUGAUAUACAGAAAGACAAAAUCCGUAUUUUGGGUUGAAAAGAAUGAGAAAAAGUCGAAAUCCGAAUAAGCAAUCAGUUAAAGGUCUCAAAAACUUGUUAAUAAUAAUUUGAUCUUAGUAAAUAUUUUCUCUUGAAUAAAAAAUCAGCACAGCCUCA